AUGACAACAGUGAAGACGACGACAGCGGAGACAUCUCCAAAGAAAUGCCCUAGAGCCCUUGGGCCGUCACGCUUCAGGAAUGUGCGUGAGGUACUAGGAGACCUGGAGAUGGGGGGUGUCCUGCUGGCCAUAGCUACUUUUGAUCUCCUGGCUUCUACCCCCAACCCUGCUGGCAGGGCAUUGUGCAGCACCCUUUCCAGCCCACCUGGGUGCAGGAGAUCGAGGAAGAGAGCAUCUGCCAUCCAGCUCCAUCCCAUCUAGAGCAAUUCCAGGAUGGAGCGGCUGAAGUGGAUGCUGAGGAGGAAGCCUGGGCAGGUGGCUCUGGAGCCAGUAGGGAGCAGCGUCUGUCUUGCCCAGGAGGAGAGUGGCCCCUCUGUCCCCGCGGGCGGGGAAGAGGCCGGUGGGCAGGCAAAGCGGAGGAGCUCCCUGACCUUCUGGAGGAAGAGAAAACCACCAGCUCCCUUAGCAGGCCCUGAGGCACCUUCUGGUCCCAAAUGGAGGUGGCCCCGGGUGAUGCUAUGUAGGGAUCCAGGAGAGGGCGGGAGCCAGGCAAGGUGGCUCUGCGGCUUCCUUUCCAGGAAGCAGAGGAGGCAGGAGCCCAGCCCCAGGGCCCAGCAGGAGCCAUCCACCAGCCUGGCCACCGAGGAGCCUCCAGCCAGCCCAGAGCAGGAGCUGGGCGGCUCCGGCAUGGGGACCAGCAGGUUCGCCUACUCCCGAGGGGCCAGCAGCUCCUCUGUGGGGUCUGACAGCCCUGAGGCUGAAGGCUCCCUCUGUGCAGAGACCCCCAGUGCCCAGCAGCAGUGGGCUGAGGAGGAGGAAGAAGAGUGGGUUGAGGAGGAGGAUGUGUCCCCUGAACAAGACACCAUCAGGGUCAUCCAGCAGCACCUCCAGGGCAGAGCUGAGUUGGUGGAGGACAGGGCCCAACAGCUCAGCUUCCGCCAUGCUGUCCCACGUCUGUGCUUCUUGGCACAGCAGCCGGGGCUGGACACUCUGGAGCCCCAGGUCUCCAAAGCAGCCCUCGUGGAGAGCAUUGCAGAAACAGAAGAGACCUCCCUUGACAAUCCAAGUAAUUGCUUGUGAAGGAAAAGGCUUCUUUCCAGCAGAGCAUUGGAGAGAAUCAAAUCCUCAGUCUGGAGUUGAUCAAAAGGCUAUUGGCAUUGGCAAGGAGGUUGCUCCGGCUGCAAUUUGCUGUGACAGGAGACCCUGUGUCGUGCGCCCAUGCAAUUCGCUGGGGAUAUCUAUGCACAGAGCCCCUUCUAGAGGGUUCUCUGCAGGGCUUGCAGGAAAUGGAGAAUUACUGUCC